UCAACAAUCAACAUAUUUUGAAAAAUUGUUUUAUUAUUUUUUUGAUUUAAAUAUUUGAUCAAAUAAUUCAUUCAUAGAAAAAGAAAAAUCAUGAAUAAAGUUUUGGGACAAAUAGUGAGAAAUCUAUUCCGGCACGAUCUGAAAAAAUCACUAAACAACAAUAAUAGAUUCGCCAGCACUUAUAAGGCAGCCCUAAUCGCCGAACACGACAAACCCUUGGAAAUACGAGAAAAAAAACAGGUCAAACUAAGUUCCAAUCAAGUUCGCGUGCAAGUUAGUUAUUGCAGUGUUAAUUCGGUGGAUACCUAUAAAUUUAAACACGGGGGCGGAGAACUACCUUUUAUACCUGGUUAUGAGCUAUCAGGCGAAGUUCUAGAAGUAGGGUCUGAUGUACGCGGGGAUAGAAUUAGUGUUGGAGAGAAGGUGGUAGGGCUGAGCUUGGAGAAUUUUGGCGGAUUAGCUGAGGAAUGUGUGUUGGACAUAGACGAUGUAUUUAGGCUUCCAACAGAAGUAAGCGUCAAAGAUGCGGCAGUCUUAGCUUAUGGCCAUUCAGUAGCUCUAUACACCUUUUCAAAGCUAUCAAACCUAAAGGAAAAUGAAAAGGUAGUGAUCACUGCCGGUCCUGCUGGUCUUGGCUUAGCAGCUGUGGAUGUGGCUGCCAACAUAUACAAGGCAAAAGUUAUCGGCGUGGUAGACACAGAAGAACGAGGUGAAUUGUUGAGAGAACGAGGUGCCUUUACCACAGUACAUUUUAGCCCCAAAUUAACUAAAGAAGUUUUGAAGCAAACUGAAAACAAAGGAGCUAAAGUGGUUUAUGACGCCGCUGGUGAUCCUAUGAUGGAAACUAUUGGAAAUUGUGUGGCUCUUGGUGGAAAAACUUUCUAUGCUUCCCCAUUCUUCCACAAAACAAUACCAGCACCCAUGCCACAUACUUUUUCAUCCAUUGUUAGCUUAAAAGCUCUCAGAACCCAAAACAGAAAUUUAUAUAAAACUUUGGUAAAUGAUACCCUUGAAUUAGCAAACGAGGACUUAAUAGGGGCACACAUAAGUGCCGAAUUUAGCCUUGAUAAAAUUAAUGAGGCUUUAAAGUUUAUUGAUGAUAGAAAGUGUACUGGAAAAAUUUUGAUUAAAGUUGAAAACUAAUUGUUAAUUGUACGUAAUUUAUUGCUGUUUUAUAAUAUAAUUUUUUUGCAAAGUA